GUGGCACUUAAGUACGUUUCUUGGCUAUCUCCGCCGCCUCGGAAGUCUAAUCAUCCUUCGCAUCAGCUGCCUACUUCAGUCAACAGAAGCUUGAUCGGCUCAACACUAUCGAUAAUAUACCAGGGGUCGGUGAUGUCCCGGUUCCAGACGGGUGGUUCCGAAGUGCUCGUAGAGAUGCUAAGACGAGACGAGACGAUGACCUACCAAAAUCUGCGCUUGCAAAGCAACUCCCACAGUUUCCCAUGGAGGGCGUACUACCCAAGAUCAAUCCGGUUCAAUCCGGGUUUCAGUCAUCAUUCCACGCUUCAAAUUCCAAUCCUUCGCCGUUUACACAUUUUCCCACUUCAAGAAAUUCCUCCCAACUUGAUCUGCUGGAGAUAGAGGCGACAAGCGGGCGUAAAACCGCCUAUUCCUUUCCUUCUUCCACAGAAGGAUCGUCUAGGCAUUACUCUUCCAACAUCCGUCAGACGACUUAUUCGGCUCCAAAUGUGGUUCCUACUCAGAUGCAAUCACAAUUUCGUGAUGCGCCGUUCCAGAGUCGCUCGGCAUGUCCAUCUCCCCCCUCAUCGUCAUCCUCAGGACCUGCUACCCCAAGUCCACGCAUCAGUCCUUCCCAUCUCUCGGAACAGCUUGUGCCCCUCGAAUACCUGCAAGGGCUUGCAUAUCCGAGGCGUGAACCGAUUGAUGAGCAAUUUCUUCAGCGUUUUUCAACUCAGGUCUCACCAGGUUUUGUCUCAAAGGGAGGAGACCGAAAUCAUCCCCCUUCAAAGGGACAUUCUGCUUUGCGCUCCGAAUCGACAGGGUGCUCGUAUACCUAAUGAUUUAUUGAGGUCGAUCUAAUCUCGAGACAUUCUGCGAUUUCCUCUUCUACUUAUUUUAAUGUACCUCAUCUCCCAGGUGUGGGCAGCCCAAUUCUUUGUCAAUUACACCUGGACUUUACAUAUAUAAUCCUCACGCAUACCUCGUUAAACUUACAUAUUGUUACUUGUGUUUAUAUACUUGAUGCCAAACGCACAGGCACCUUAUUUUCUGAAAA